CGAUUUUCUGAAACUUAGAAGACUCCUUCCUUUUGGCCACUAAUUCUCCUAUUACAAUUAUUCUUGCUAUUUAUUAUUUACUCCUCUAACCGCAUAUAUUUAUAAGUAAAAAAAAUAUAAUCUCCUAUUUUGUUAGGUAUAUCCACUUUAUCGGCGUCGUUGUGGCCAUAGCAUCCGUCCAAUCCCAUUGGCCCUUUUCCAUUCCCCGUAAUCCAAAGCGUCGUCGUCUUCUAUUCCUCUUUUCCCUCCUUCAACUCCCCACUUUCUCACCACUUCUUCUCGGGUUGUUUUUCUCGGCUGUCUUCUACCGCGAUGACGAUACCAAAUCCACUCCAACUCCGGGGUGGAGGCGUGUUGGCCGCGCUCUUCUUCCUCGUCCCGUCCGUUCUCGCGCAUGGCGGCCAUGAACAGGUCCCUGAAGGCAGUGCCGUUUCCGAAGAUCCUAUUGACUCGACAUUAUGGAUUCACAUGAUUCUUAUGGGUCUCGCGUUUGGUAUCAUCUUUCCGCUGGGCAUGGUUCUGGGGAUUACUCGCUCUCGCUGGCAUGUCCCCCUCCAAGUCGUCGGAACGAUCAUCGCCGUCCUGGCCUACUUCCUCGGGCACGCUCACAAAGGUCGUCAAUUCGCCAAGAACGUCCACGCUCCAUUCGCGAAUAUCCUGAUGAUCCAGCUUAUCGCGCAGGUCCUGUUGGGUGUCUAUCUGAAGCUACACCUGUCCAAGGGGAUCCAUGGCUGGAUCCGUCGGAUUGUUGUCAUUCUGCAUGGAAUACUCGGAAAGGCGAUGCCGGUUGUCAGCUGGGCUCAGAUGCUCUUUGGUGGAAUCACUGCAUUGGGCUUCUGUCGGGAUGACCACAUGGGCCAAUGUCUGGCGCAUUUCAUCAUGGGAAGUGCUUUCAUCGCCUACGGAAUCUUACUGACCCUCCUGCUCCUUGUUGGUCAGUACUGGCUGCGUCGCACCGGCCGCAGCCAGGAGUUCUUCGACUCGCUCGUUAUCGCCGCGUGGGGAUGUGUCAACACUUUCACUGAGCAUCGCUGGGGAGGUCCAUGGGUGCAUAACGACCUGCAGCACACCACCAUGGGAAUUGUUUGGUGGUGCGCUGGUCUGCUGGGUGUCUGGCUAAGCAGGAAGCGCAACGGCGGGCCCAAGCGGAACAUUAUCCCUGGUAUCGUUAUUAUGUUGACCGGUUAUGCCAUGUCUGGUCACCCUCAGCACUCGAUGGUCAGCACUAUGAUUCACUCGUUCUUCGGCUACACGCUCAUGGCUGCUGGAGCUACGAGAAUCAUUGAAAUUGCCUUCGUGCUGGGGGAUCGCAGCACUCUCAGUGUGGAUGGUACUAAUCCCAACAGCUUUCAGUACCUACCACCUUUCCUUCUGUACGCUUCGGGUUUCCUUUUCAUGGGUGCCACCGAGGAGCAAAUGCAGCUGUUGGAAGACGCCGGGAUUACUCAUGUCUCCUACAUUCUGAUUCUAUUCAGCAUCGCCUUUAUUCUAUUCCUCUUCGUGAACAUCCUCCUCCACAUCUACGCCGUCCACGCAUGGCCCGAAUCUGCCAAAGCACAGCCCAAUGAUGACGACAUCGAUGCUGAAGAUGGCGCACACCCUAAGCCCUCCCGUGCAAACGGUCAUGCACGGACACCAUCCGAGGCGCGGCACAUCCACGACGCAGAGGCUUUUGAACUGCAGGGUCUUAUCUCCGAUGAAGAGGAAGAAGCCAGAGCCGGGCACCAAGGUCAGCACCAAAAGAAUGAGGAUGGGGAGCCUCAGACUCACCACUAAACCGUCUUAAGUCGUUACAAUAAUGGAAUAAAAGUUGGUGGAUUAUCAUAUAUACAUAAAUAGUGCCCUGGCUUCUCUUCUUUUGAAUUUCAAUUGUUUAGUGACAUCUACCUCCGUCUUUUUAUGCAGACGGAGUCCCGGAUAUCGAUUUGCUUCUGCUGACUGGCGUUGGGUGGGAUAGGCUUGCUUUUUAUACCAUUGUACACUAUUCGUGCAUAUAUUCAGCAUUCAUGGAGAAAGUCUUUGUUUCUGCAAGCAUUAAGCGCAACCAAAUUCAAUCAAUG